AUGGGCGGAAUAAAUGCUUACUUAACGAAUUAAUCAAAUUCCUCAUAAAUAUUAGUCUUAAAAUUGCCGAGUGGCUAAUAAAUCUAAACAUAUUAAUAUUUUAAUAUAUAGAAAUAAAAAUACGAGCAUUAACAUUUAAACUUCAGAAUUUUAGCUUUAAAUGCCUAUCAUGAAUAACAAUUUCAUCUUAAUAAUAGUGAAUGUUUAAUUGAAAGUGGGCACCAGUAAGGUUCCUAAGAAACCGUUUUUACAAAUAAUUAUACAAAUUAUGAUCGAAAAGUUUUUGAUUAAGAAACAUAAGAUUAUAAUUUAGAUGAUUUAAUUAUUUAUUACGGAACUGAGAAUAAUGAAUUUAGACUAAUCUUAUAAAUAAGUUGUAAUAGUGUCUAAAUCCCCAAAUAUGAAGAUAUUUUUCCUUUUUAAAUAAUGGAUUACAAUUCUAAAUAUUAAUUAAUUUUAUAAAUUCAAACAUAUCCAUGUCAAUUAGGAGAAUAUAAGAAUCUAACUGAUAAUGCUUGCUAUCUAUGUGACGUAAACAAGAAAUAAUAUUCAGUAACUAUCAAUGCAACAACCUGUUAAUUUAUGGAUGAAGAUACAAUAGCAUCAAUCACUCCUGCUUAACUUUAAUUAAAAAUUGGAUAUUGGAGACCCUAUAUAAAUAGCGAAAUUAUUGAGCAUUGUUAAAAUAGAAUUGAGAACUGUUUAGGUGGAUGGAAAUAAGGAGAUGAGACUUGUGAAAUUGGCUAAUUAGGUGCUUGUUGUGAAGCUUGUGAUUAAUACAAUAUUAGAGGAAAUGGUUAAUAUAGUCUUAAGAAAUUGUAUUAUUGUUAAAAGUGUGACGAUUUGGAUAAAUAAAUUAUUUAUAUCAUUUUGAUAACUUUAUGGAAUUUACUUUCAAUCUAUUUAUCAACAAAUGGAGUUGAGAAAUUGAUAUUAGAAUUAUAGAAAAACAAAGUAGGAACAAGAUAAUUAAUAAUUAACAAUAACAAACAAACUGGCCCAAUUAUGAAAAUGUUUACAAACUAUUUACAAAUAUUGGCUAUCAUAAUAAAUUUUAAUGUAGAAAUCCCAUAAGCAUUUAAAGAUUAUUAUAAUAUUACUGGGAAUUCUCAAACUAUGUUAUUAAUAACCACAGAUUGCUUUUUAGCUUAGAAUUUUCAAGAGGGAAUUAUUUAUGUGAAAAUUAUUUAUAGUAUCAUUUGUCCACUGUUUUAUGGAUGGAUCUACUUAUCUGUAUACUUUUUAUUGAAAUCUUUAAAGAAGAUAGUUUAUAAUGAAGUAGUGUCAAAAACUUGUGUUUUAUAUUUGUUUUGCUAUUUCUAAAUAUAGGUGAUAUAAUUAUUGAUAUCUUCAUUAUCAUUUAGAACAUUAUCAGACAUAAAAUGGAUACAGGGGGAUUUGGCUUAUUAAUUUGAUACAUCGCUUCAUUAAUAAUGGAUUCCAUAUCUUAUUGUUCUAACAAUCAUUAUUGGAGCUAUAGUACCAGGAAUAUUUAUAAUAUACUUAACCAAAUAUAAAAAUUCACUUUAAAAAUAUUAUAUUAGAAGAUAAUGGGGAUACUUAUAUUUAGAAUACUAGCAUAAUGCUUAUUAUUGGGAAAUAAUUAGGAUUGUCAGUAGGGAAUUAAUAAUGAUUGCCAUAACAUUUUAUUAAGAUAAUAUUGUUAUUAAAUGCACACUUUUAUUAAUUAUAUAACUUGCCUAUUUUUUUACAAACUAAAUAGUUUUACCUUUUAAAACAAAAAAUUUAAAUUAAUUAGAGUAAAAGAGCACGUUGUUAUGCACUUUUACACUAUUUGCAGUCCUAUCAUUAUCAAUAACAAGUAGUUUUUCUACUAUUGCCAUAUUAUCCAUUAUUAUAACAAAUAUCUAUUUAUUAAUUACUUUUAUUUAAAGUUUGAUACAUGGAUAUUUGGAAUCUAUGGAGGAGUUAAUAGAUAAAAUAAAGGAUUUCAUUAGAGAGAAAUUGAAAUCAAAAUUGAGGUUUCACCAAUUAUUGGAUAGUUGGCUUGUAAAUAAAGGUUAGAGGAGAAAAGUCGUGAUUGAGAGAUAUAAAAAAAUAAAAAAUUAUCUUUUUGGAAUUAGUAAAUAACGAAGUAGAAUUGAGAGAUAGAGAGUUUCGCAAAUUUCUUCAAAUCGAUCAUUGCUAUUCACUGGACAUUUUGCAUUAACAUUAUUGAGACCAUAAUAGAUUUUAUCAACAAAUAGUGAAAAUAACACUAUCAAUCAACCAUUAACUAAUUUGAUUAACAAAACAAAAUCAGAAGAAUGA